AGGUCACUCGGCACGGGGGCGCAGCAUGGCCGCGGCGGUGGUGCGCAGGGGACCUGCGGGCUGGUGGCGCUGGCACCGGCGGGUGAUGGUGUGUUCUAGGACUAUGGCAUCCAAAACCCCAGUUGGAUUCGUUGGGCUGGGUAACAUGGGAAAUCCAAUGGCAAAAAACCUGGUAAAACAUGGAUAUCCAGUUAUUGUGUAUGAUGUCUUCCCAGAAGCUUGCAAAGAAUUUCAAGACUUGGGUGCUCAGGUAACAGAAUCCCCAGCAGAUGUAGCAGAAAGAGCAGACAGAAUUAUUACCAUGCUGCCUUCUAGUCCCCAUGCAAAAGAAGUUUACACAGGAACAAACGGAAUUCUAAAGAAAGUGAAGAAAGGCUCAUUGCUAAUAGAUUCCAGCACUAUAGAUCCAGCAGUUUCAAAAGAAUUAGCCAAAGCUGUUGAAAAAAUGGGAGCAGUUUUCAUGGAUGCCCCAGUUUCUGGAGGUGUUGGAGCUGCUCGAGCUGGAAACCUUACUUUCAUGGUUGGUGGAGUGGAACAAGAAUUUAAUGCUGCCAAAGAGUUGCUGACAUGCAUGGGUUCUAAUGUGGUUUACUGUGGAGAGGUUGGAACCGGACAGGCCGCAAAGAUCUGCAACAACAUGCUCUUGGCCAUCAGUAUGAUUGGAACUGCUGAGGCUAUGAAUCUUGGAAUCAGAUUAGGCCUUGACCCAAAGCUGCUGGCCAAAAUCCUAAAUAUGAGCUCAGGUCGCUGUUGGUCAAGCGAUACGUACAACCCUGUUCCUGGAGUGAUGGAAGGAGUACCCUCAGCUAACAAUUAUCAAGGUGGCUUUGGAACAACACUCAUGGCUAAGGAUCUUGGCUUGGCCCAGAUUUCUGCCACCAACACGAAGACACCAGUUCCUUUGGGCUCCCAGGCACAUCAGAUCUACAGGAUGAUGUGUGCCAAAGGCUAUGCCCUGAAAGACUUCUCGGCUGUGUUCCAGUUUUUACGUGAGGAGGAAAGCUUGUGAGCUGUCCUUUGGAAAUGGACACAAUAACAAACCACUUUUUUUUAUCCUUGUAGUUCAUUCAGGAAGUUUGUGGAUUUAAUCAAGUACUGUGCAUCCUGCUCCCAUACAGAUUAAUCAUCUUUGGCUGUCCAGAUCACAACGAACUCCAGAGUUCCUUUAUAAUUCUUGAAAAAGCAAGCCACAGGGAAGGGAUUGUUUGGCAAUUAGCCAAAAGCAAGUCUUUUUUUUUUAAGAACCAUCAAAGUU